AUGUCUACCUACGAAGUUGAACACGGCACAGAAGACCCUGCCACAAACCCCCAAUCCACCACCCGUCGCCGUCGCCCUGAUCUCUCUACCUUCUUCGCAACACUCUCUGAAAUCUCCCCAGACCCAGAACACCCCGACCACCGUCCCCAUGCAAUCCCUGUACCAGGCGACGUGAGCGCUGCCUUCUAUUCACUCGCCGAAGCGCUGGAAAUGAUGCGCCGCGAAGCCUCAACUGGAGGACAAGAAGGCGAGGAUCUCCUGACAACGAUGAUCCAGAACUUGCUUAGCCAGGCCGAUAUGCCACCUCGGGAGGUAGAGGGUGUGAGUGAAGAAUUCUGCGAAGGGCUCGAUCGUGUCCCCAAAUCUUCGCUCAAGCCUGAUCAGACCUGUCCUAUUUGCAACAAUCCUUUCUUGGAGGAUGAGUACCCUCUUGUUGUUCGGCUGCCUUGUCACCCUACUCACAUUUUUGAUAUGGAGUGUGUCCGGCCUUGGUUGCGGUUGCGAGGUACUUGCCCGCUCGAUCGAGUGGAUUUCGCUAAGCAAUUACGGGAGAAGGAAGAGGCGAGGGAAAAGCUUGUGGAAGAGGAUGAAGAGGAGGAGUGGGAUGGGAUGUAUGGUUGA